AUGAGUCUGAGCUUAGAGCAAACGCCCAUCACAGGCGCCAGUGCGGUGUCUCCCCAGAAUCCCAUCUCUGCAGCCGCCACGAACGUGAUAGCUGGCGAUGCGACACCACGCGCUUCGAGCCACAAUGACACUGAGACGGACAACACCACCAAGAAGGACGUGAAGAGCAAGGUGAAAGGACUUUUUGGAAUCGGCAAGAAGAAGGAGGACUCGAAUGCUUCCAGCAAAUCGUCAUCGUCCGCCAAGCCUCAAGCUUCAACUGUCACCAGCAAUCCCUCCUUGUCAAGGGACCCCUCCAGAGCGUCCGCGAGGUCUACCACAGCGCACCCGUCGUCGCCAGGCCGUGGCGUUUCGGCCUCACCCCGUGUGCCCUCACCAGCCGGCUCCCAGAUUUUUGAGCGAGACGUCGACAACAUGUCAAUCAAGCCGCAAUCGCCCGCCAUCCCCUCGCACAUCCAGACGGAGAACCACAUCCCACCGGUCCUGGACGCAUCCUCGGAGGCCAUCACGGACGACCACCUUGACCCGGACAGCGUCGAGAUCGUCACCCACGCCCAGCACCAGCCCGCCGCCGCUGCCGUCACUGGCGCCAACGGCACCCCGCACCCGCCCGAUUCGAUGGCUGCCUCAUGGACUGAGGAGCUGCGCGCAUUCGCCGAUCGCGACGACGCGUCGAAUUACAACUCGCUCGACAAUGCCGACGUACGCAGGCUGAGCUUCAUUUCCUUCGCCGAUGUCGUGCAGGCCGAGCAGGGCGGCCACGCCGGAGCCGCCGGGUCUCGGGAGUCGGUUCAUGUCGCCGGCAUGACAUCCCUCUCGUCAGUCAACGCCCGAUCGCCGUCCCCCAUCCGGUCGCCGGUCUCAUCGCAGCCGGCCACCUCCCCGCCGACGAGCAACCCCGGCUCUAUCAAGGGACUGGAAAUGUCCCCGGUCCGGAAGCCCAUCGGCAGCCCAAUUUCGUCCCAUCACACGACCAGCGACGUCAACAUUGAGACCAUGUCGCAGGCGCUGAGGCGGACAGGAAGCUCGGAUCUGAGUGGGGUCCGGAGCUUGCCUACGAGUCCGAUUGAGGGACCGUCAAGAUGA